AUGUCUCUCCACACCUCCUACCACGCCGACUCCGAUGCAGAUGAUGAGUACGAACGCAGCGUCAUCACAUCCCCACACCUAGCCACUGACUCAGAAGCAUCCCCCUCCGAGUCGGAUUUUCCGUCCGCCGAACAUACUCCGACCACCCUGGCCAACGUCGAGGACAACCCACGGUCUCCCAAAACAAUCAUCACAGAAUGGACGGCUGAUGAGUGCGCCCAUUUUGUUGCUGCCCUGGGUCUUCGUCAGUACUGCGCCGCUUUUCUAGAGAACGAGAUCGUUGGUGAAGCACUUAUCGCCCUGAAGCACGAUGAAUUGAAGGAAAUGGGCAUUGUUAGUGUGGGGCAUCGGUUGACUAUCCUCAAAAGCGUGUAUGAAACCAAGGUCAAGCAAGAUAUCCCGCUUGACGCAGAUCACUAUAUCCCGCUCUCUGCCGACCAAAGCAUGAACGAUGGCGCUACUCAGGAUGAUGUCGCCCGUCUUAUUCAGUCUAUUCGACUGCGAGACGAACGGAUAGUCACGGUGGAGCAAGAGCUGCGGCGUAUGGCGGAGGACUACCGGCGACUGCGAGAGGAACUUCUCCCUGUAUUCAAGAUGGCUAAGGAUCGAUCACAACCGCUACCGCCCCCGUCGGCGGUGCCCGGGUCCGGAAACGAAGCACAUCACGAACCUCCAAACCUGACUUCUCCGUCGGGAAUCACAAUUCUCGAUCGCUCAGGAUCAAUAUUAUCGAGAACAUUUUCUAAGAGGGUACAUACUGGGGGAACUACCCCCAAGACCAGCUCGCCCACGUACAUUCCACCUUCCAUCCACGAAGGGCGAAUGUAUAGUGAUGGCGGUGGGUUGGAUCCGUCGACGGCAAACUCAUCUCACAUGGCCAUGAUGAACGGGAAGGCACAGUUAUCGCCAGGGAUUCCGUCACCUACCUCUCCCGGAAUCUUGCACACGCAGACUUUGGCUUCAAGGGCCUACUCUCAGCCGAGUUCCGCCAGCAUCAAUCACGCUUCUUACAACCACCACGACGACACUCCUCCGACGCAAUCCCGCUCUGAUCGGCUCAAUCCGACCCCGACGCAAGCAACCCGUCCCGAUAUUCCAACACGGUCAGAUUCUCGAGCUACAGGCGAUCCGCCCAGCGUGGAGAUCUUCAAGUCUUUCCGAGUGUCAAUGGAUGAUCCCUGCCAUAAAGUUCUCCCAGCCGCUCUGAAGAAAUACAAUAUCAACGCGGACUGGAAGCAGUAUGCGCUGUAUAUAGUGUAUGGUGACCAGGAACGGUGUCUCGGGCUGGAGGAGCGGCCCUUGAUUCUGUUCAAGCAGCUCGAGAAAGAAGGCCGCAAGCCGAUGUUCAUGCUACGAAAACAAGUUCAUCCGCUUGAGAACAAUGUGUAUGCCGCUGGUAGCGGAUCAGCUCCGAACAGUGCUGGCUUUGAGGGCCGACAGGCUCAAAUCAACCUACCCGGUGGAGUUUUGUAA